AUGGGUAAUAGUUCAUCAGUAAAUUUUCCUUUAUUGAACCAAACAAUUAAUCGUUAUGUUCCAAUUCCUCUUCUUUUCUUUGGUGUAAUUGGCAAUAUUUUAAAUAUGUUUGUCUUUACUCGUCAUACCUUUCGUAAUAAUAUAUGUGUUAUUUAUUUUUUGGCAUCAACUGUAGCGGAUUCAUUUUCUCUUGGUAUUGGCCUUCUUACACGUCUUCUUACUGGAUUUAAUGUUGAUCCAACACAAUUUUCAAGCGGAUUUUGUAAAAUGAGAUUUUUUAUAACAUAUUAUUCUGCAUAUAGUGGUGCCUGGUUUAUAAGUUUAGCUUGUAUUGAACGAUAUCUUUGUUCAUCAGCAAAUGUUAACAAACGUCAAUUUGUAACAACUAAACGUGCGUAUAUUUCUAUUAUUAUCAUUCUAAUAACGGGAUUUGUAGCAUUUGGUGAACAAUUUUAUUGUAUUAAUAUAAAUCAACAAUUAUUAGGAGCACCACAAUCAUGUUAUCAAUUAAAACGAAAUAUUGCAUGUCAAAUUGCCGAUAGUUUAAUGCAAUUUCUAUUGGAGAUUCUAAUACCAGCUAUAUUGAUGACUAUCUUUGGCUCAUUAGUUAUACGAAAUGUUCGUCGAAAAUGUUGUCGAAUUAACCCAAUAAGACAGGAAAAUAUAUGCACUCCUGCAGUACCAUUAUCAGCGACAAGUUCACUCAAUGCACAACAACAGCAACCACCACUAAUGCAACGAAGAGCUCAAAAGCGCGAUGGCCAAUUACUUGUAUUAUUAGUUAUUCAAGUUGCAGCUUUCAUUAUUUGUUCAUGGCCUGUUAAUAUGUAUAAAUUCUAUUCUGUGGCAACAGUUUAUAAUACAAAAUCUAAUUUUCGUCAAGCAAUUGAAAAUACAGCUUUCAAUGUCGCUGUACAAGCUUACUUUCUUAAUAAUGCAAUUAAGUUUUACAUCUACACAUUAUGUGGUCCUAUAUUUCGAAAGGAAUUGGCGAAAUUAUUUCGAUUACAUUAA